GUCCUUCAUCUCCAGAGCCAGCAAGUCUUCCUGCAGAAGACCUCAGCACAAACUCCAACGGUCCAAAGCCGGCAGAAAUCAUGCUAGAUGAUGACAGAGAAGACCUCUUUGCUGAAGCAACAGAAGAAGUUUCACUGGACAGUCCAGAGAGGGAUCCAAUACUUUCGCCAGAACCUACUCCUGCAAUCACUCCUGUAACACCUACUACCUUAGUAGCUCCCAGAAUGGAAUCGAAAAGCGUAACAGCCCCUGUGAUUUUUGACAGAUCCAGAGAAGAGAUUGAAGAGGAAGCAAAUGGAGAUUUGUUUGAUAUAGAGAUCAAUGUAUCGGACCCAGAGAAAGUUGGAGAUGGCAUGAAUGCUUAUAUGGCAUACAGAGUAACAACAAAGACUUCACUUUCUAUGUUCCACAAAAAUGAAUUCUUUGUUAAAAGAAGAUUCAGUGAUUUUCUUGGCUUGCACAGCAAGUUAGCAACAAAGUACAUGCAUAUUGGUUACAUUGUGCCUCCAGCUCCAGAAAAAAGUAUUGUAGGCAUGACCAAGGUUAAAGUAGGCAAGGAAGAUUCUUCAUCUACUGAAUUUGUAGAGAAAAGAAGAGCAGCUCUAGAAAGGUAUCUACAACGAACAGUAAAACACCCAACCUUGUUACAGGAUCCAGAUUUAAGACAGUUCUUGGAAAGUUCCGAGCUGCCGAGAGCAGUUAAUACCCAGGCUCUGAGUGGAGCAGGAAUAUUGAGGAUGGUGAACAAGGCUGCCGACGCUGUCAACAAAAUGACAAUCAAGAUGAAUGAAUCGGAUGCAUGGUUUGAAGAAAAACAGCAGCAAUUUGAAAAUCUUGAUCAGCAGCUUAGGAAACUUCAUGCCAGUGUUGAAGCAUUAGUCUGCCACAGAAAAGAGCUUUCAGCCAACACAGCUGCCUUUGCUAAAAGUGCUGCCAUGUUAGGUAACUCUGAGGACCACACUGCUCUAUCUAGAGCUUUGUCUCAACUUGCAGAGGUUGAGGAAAAGAUAGAUCAAUUGCAUCAAGAACAAGCUUUUGCUGAUUUCUAUGUGUUUUCGGAACUGCUUGGGGAUUACAUUCGUCUCAUUGCUGCAGUAAAAGGUGUGUUUGAUCAUCGGAUGAAAUGCUGGCAGAAGUGGCAAGAUGCUCAGGUCACUUUACAAAAAAAACGUGAAGCUGAAGCAAAGCUCCAACUUGCCAACAAACCUGAUAAAUUGCAGCAAGCUAAAGAUGAGAUAAAAGAGUGGGAAACAAAAGUUCAGCAAGGGGAAAAAGAUUUUGAACAGAUCUCCAAAACCAUUCGCAAGGAAGUGGGAAGAUUUGAGAAGGAACGAGUGAAAGACUUUAAAACUGUUAUUAUCAAGUACUUAGAGUCAUUAGUGCAAACACAACAGCAGCUAAUAAAAUACUGGGAGGCAUUCCUACCUGAAGCCAAAGCCAUCGCCUAAAAGAAGAAUAUUCCAAAUGACAAGAUAACUCUGGAUGUUUGUCCUGGAUAAAAGUAAAUUCCACAGAGAAAUCACCUUAAAUCAUCCAAAUAAACCACUAUGAAUUAACAUGUGGCUUUUUUUAUAUACUACAGCAUUUUAUUAACAAGCUGCAUGUCCUGACCCUCUUUGAAGUGGACUGUGGCAUGAUGUUCUGCAAUACAUUGCUGAAUUGAACACUAUUGUGUCUUAAUACUUGCACUAAAAUGUGCACUGCAAGGCCAGAAAGCUGAUAUUUUUGUUCUUUACAAUACUAUGUUCUGUAAUACGUUGACUUGAUCUUUAUGAAACAAAUUUGAUUGCAUUGAUUAAUGUUCACUUAAACAUUCCUAUACAAAAACAUGGUUUUGUGAUUACAAUAAUAAAGGGAUGUACCUUACAAAAC